GCGGUGCCAGUCCAGGCCCCGCCCCUGGGAGGGCGCUUCCGGCACAGCGGAACUCCGGGUGCCGGGUGAGGCUGCUCGUGGACCUGCUCUGUGGUCUUGGAUGAGGCCCCAUGAGCGCGGCGCCCCUGGUGGGCUACAGCAGCAGCGGCUCCGAGGAUGAGUCCGAGGACGGGAGGCAGACCAGGCCGGGGAACGGGAGCCACCGUCGUGGCCAGAGCCCCCUUCCCAGGCAGAGAUUUCCAGUACCUGACAGUGUGCUGAACAUGUUCCCGGGCACCGAGGAGGGGCCUGAAGAUGACAGCACAAAACAUGGGGGACGGGUGCGCACCUUCCCCCACGAGCGGGGCAACUGGGCCACCCACGUCUAUGUACCAUAUGAAGCCAAGGAGGAGUUCCUGGAUCUGCUUGACGUGUUGCUCCCCCAUGCCCAGACAUAUGUCCCCCGCCUGGUAAGGAUGGAAGCGUUCCACCUCAGCCUGUCCCAGAGUGUAGUUCUGCGCCACCACUGGAUCCUCCCCUUUGUGCAGGCUCUGAAAGCCCGCAUGGCCUCCUUCCAGAGAUUCUUCUUUACUGCCAACCAGGUAAAGAUUUACACCAAUCAAGAGAAAACCAGGACCUUUAUUGGGCUCGAGGUCACUUCAGGGCACGCCCAGUUCCUGGACCUAGUUUCAGAGGUGGACAGAGUCAUGGAGGAAUUCGACCUCACCACUUUCUACCAGGACCCUUCUUUCCACCUCAGCCUGGCCUGGUGCGUGGGUGAUGCACGUCUCCAGCUGGAGGGGCAGUGCCUGCAGGAACUACAGGCAAUCGUGGAUGGGUUUGAAGAUGCUGAGGUGCUGCUGCGUGUGUACAUCGAGCAAGUCCGCUGCAAGUCUGGGAACAAGUUCUUCUCGAUGCCUUUGAAGUGAGCACCAGAGGCCUUCCUCCUCCAGGGCCCUCUGCAGACCAGGCUGAGAUGGAGGAACCUGCUAAAAUCAAUGGAGAUGCUUCUAGCCUCCCAGUAGGAGGUCCCAGCCAUGCCUUCAGCCUGGCAGAAAGUGUAGCCACUCCUCAUCCUCCGAGUGCUCGCUCUCGCUCUCGCUCUCUCUCCCGCUCUCUCUCUCUCUCUCCCCCCCCUCCCUCCCUCCCUCCCCCUCUUUCUCUUUCUCUUCCCCUCCCUCUCUCUUCCUCUCCUCUCUCUCUCCUUUCUUUCUCUCUUCUCUGGGCUGUUGCGGGUUGCAGGUUGGGUGCGACUGUGUUGUGGUCCUUCCCAGAAACUGCCAGUAGAGGGCAGCCUGGGCAUCCUAAUUCUUAAUCUGGUUGUUAAGCAAAGAAAAUACUGGGGUCAGUGGUGAGCCCACCCACACUCGCCAGAAUCUCCACUGUAGUCCCCGUAACAAACAGCCCUUCACUCCCUCUCCCACUUCAGCAAUUUGUAUUUUGAUGCCAUUGGCCUCAGAUCAGAGUGUUUUAAAUCAUCACGCCCUGGCUUAUCCCUGGCCAAGCCAGGACACGGGGUGCUUCAGUGGGUCUGUCACCCUCUCUCCUUGAAGCAUGUCGCUUUUAUUUAUUUACUUUUACUCUCACCCUGCUCCUGUGCCAGCAGGGGCUACUUCAAGGCCAAGGUCCAGGAUGAGAACUUGUGACCCAGCCUCAGUUUUCUCCACUUCUUUCUCCCUCUUUCUCCCGCUCACCCUAGCAAGGUGCCUGGGGAGACUUGAACAGAUGUUUCAUUUUGGCCUGGCCAGUGGCUGAAAGCCAGUUCUUCAAUGCACUGUGACCUCUGGCUUCCCCAGCAGCUUUCCCAGAGAGGCAGAGGGGCCUUCCACAGCCCGGGUUCUGCUGCUGCCUCCUGCCUGCUGCAGCGCAGCUGCAGCGUUCUGAGGGGCAACGUGGAAGAAGGGCCAGGGAUGCAUGGGAGUUUACCUUUUUCAUCAAACCUUCCGCGUGGCAAGGAGUCAGGCAGUCCUCUUCAGGUGUCUUCGGGAUUUCUGGUGAUGGAUAGAGAAAUCUUUUUGUGUUACAGUUUUAAAUUAUGUUCAACAAAUAAAAAAUUGCGUUUCUUAUUUUGGA